GCAUUACUUGUGUUUAUACAUUGACUGUCAUUUUAGGAGCAAAAAUGAAACUCUUCACAUGGGAAUAACACUGUACCUUACUAAUUGUCAAAUACGUGCUAAAACAUGAAGCUUCGAGUUCGUCUCAACAGGCUGACCAGCCGUGUGGAGCUACCUGGGGAAGAGCCUACUUUAUCAGAACUUACCGAUCAUAUCAGACAGACACUGCUGCCUUCACAGGGCCUGAGUGCCAACACAGAGUUCAGCCUGUCCUUGAAUGGCACAGAGCCUCUUUCAGAAGACGGGCAGACUCUAUCUUCCUACAGCAUCGUCUCUGGAGAUUUGAUUUGUGUCAUUCUGCCUGCCCAAGUUGUUGCUGUUUCAUCCUCUGGUUCCACUGAGCAGACACCUAAUAAUGCUGUUAGUCAGAUUCAGACCCAGCAUACGACAUCAGUGUCCUAUGAUGAAUCUAGCAACAGUAGCUCUCCAAUUCACAGUGAGAGCUUGGAAUCUGAACACACAGUCACCAGUUGGGAGCCCAUGUUAUGCAGUGAGGCAGAGGAUGGCCAGGCACCUCUUUCACUUGAGCUCCUCUAUCAUGGAGCCCACAGCACAAGUCCCAGUGAUGCCAUCAUUGUAGUUGGACACCAGCUUAUGCUUGAAACAGGAUUUACUCAUGAGGGAUAUGAGCUCCAGUCAGUGGACAUGCCUACUGAGUGGAGAGGAGCAGCAGGAGUUUAUAAGCUAAAGUACAGCCAUGUUCUAUGUGAGAACAGCCUAGCAGUUCUGGCAGCUGUGUGCACUGGCCCCACACUUGUGAUUAAUGCAACCUUGAAAGUUAAUGAAAAAGCAUAUGCAGUUGGUAAACUAUGUUUGAACCCAUCCAGCUAUGUGACCAAUGAGUGGCCAGGGGAGCAUGCUGCUGCAGCUUUUAAAGAUCUGAAGAAACUAUCCAGAUUAUUCAAAGACGCACUGGCAUAUCCUCUGAUUGCUGCCGCUAGAGAAGCCAUGGCUUUGCCUGUAGCCUUUGGUUUACCAGCUCUUCCACCGGAGCUCCUGCUCAGGGUGCUUCGGCUACUGGAUGUGCACUCUCUAACAAGGCUGUCCAUGAUCAGCAAACACUUUCACAACACCACAUCUGACUCUACACUGUGGAAGCAUCUUUUUCUAAGGGACUUCAGAGACUCUGGUGUCAGGAGCUGUUCCCGAGACACAAACUGGAAAGAGCUUUAUAAAAUGCACUACAAGAUUCGCAAGGAACGUCAGAGGCGGAGACAGACUCUUUCUUUACCUCCAUAUGCAAGCGUUGAUCCAUUUCACAUUGGGCCACAUUUUGAACCCCUUGUCCCAGGGAUUAUUGGUGGCGUAUAUGAUCAGCGCCCAGCUCUCCCACGUGUUAUGUUACCCCGCCCCCGCCGUGACCCUCUUGGUCUAAUUCGAAGCUACACGCCAAGAUCAGGAGGCAGAGACAAAGGUUUCAUCUGACAUUGUUGUCCACUAUUCAAAUAAACCCAGAUCUGAGUUA